CAACACUGGCCGCCUCCCCGUCGAGAGUCGCUGACCAUUGGAUCUACACCAGUUUGGACACAGCCAUCCUCCGCCAUGGAUAGCUACAACAUUGCCAUCAUUGGCGCCAUAGGCGUGGGCAAGUCGACGUUUGUCCAGCGAAUCCUGGGCCUCUCGCGCCCGCCCAUCUCUACCGCGUCCAGCGUUCGCAUCUCCGUCGACUCCGCCUCUUAUAUGAUCACCCUUCUCGAGCUGGACCUGGACUCCUUCGAGCUCAACACGCCACAACCCAUCCAGUGGCCCAAGCAGAUCAACGGCCACAUCGUGCCUCGCGUCGACGCCGCCCUGGUGCUAUACGAUGUAACAAACCAGGACACUAUUCGCGAGCUUCCUCAGACUUUGGCUGCUUUGACGAAUUCCAAUAUGCCUGCCAUGCUGGUCGCGACCAAAUGCGAGGCACCGCAAGAGGACCGGCAGGUUGAUCCCGAUGACUUGGCCAACCACGCCCUCUUCAGGUCCUGCCUGGCCCACUUUAAGAUCUCCUCGACAAGCCCCGAAAUUGAUCGCGGCUGUCUACAUGCCAUCCUCAAGGCCGCGGUGUCCCAUAGAAGGGGCACCUCUUCUUAUGCAGAUGAGAUUGGCGAGAUGGGUGCUGCCCGCAAGAGGGCGCAAUCUGCUGCGAACCUCGAGGCCACCGACCCCAGCGCCGCUCGGCCCGUUAGCGAAGGACGACAUAAUCGUGCGAGCUCCGACUUUUCGCUGCUCCGGGGCUUUGCGGCUCCAUCUGUCGGCACUCCCGUUGCAGAUGGCCAUGUGCAGAAGCAGGCGUCCAGGAGUCCACACCGAGGUUACUCGGGGAAGCUUACCGCAACACCCAUACCCUUGAUACCCUUGAGCAUUGAUGGCAGGUCUUGUGGGUCCAGCGCUGACAUUUGCCCCCCCUUAGGUGGCCGCGGAACUGACUCCUACCUCGACGCCGACGAGUCCGACACUGAUUCCCGUCGAUAUUCAGACGACAUUCCCAUCCUGCAGCGAAGCGAUGACGCCGUAGUAGAGAAGCAGCAAAAGAUGGCGGGCGUGCCCUUUGACGAACUGGUGGACCGCCUGCUGGCGUUGCGCCUCUCCAGGGCGGACCUCAACUUCUCCGAUGUCUUCCUCUGCCUAUAUCGCAAGUUUGCCGCCCCCGGCGAGCUCUUCUCUGCCAUCCUGAUGCGGCUGGAUCGCGUGAGGGACGACAAGACGGCCCAUCAUCUGACCAAGACGGCGACUCAGCUUCGAAUUAUCGAGACGGUAGCCAAGUGGGUGUCGCUGUAUCCCGGCGACUUUGCCCGUCUGGCUACGCGCCGAAACCUGGACGAGUUCAUACGAUAUCUUUCCACGGAGCCGAUCUUCUGCAUCGCCGCCCGGCAGAUGCAUCGGAACCUCACCCUCCACGUCAUAGAGGACGAUGAUACGGGCUGGGCCAAUGCUGACGACGCCGACGACCAGCUGGCCAGUGACAUUCUCUCCAAAGAACUGAGCGAGCUUCCGGCUGGAUUGACUGCCUUACAAUUUGGAGACGAGGAUAGCAACUUUGACAGGCCGUCGGUAAGCUCCGAAAACCUCAACAGGGUGGUUGGCAGCGGCGGCCAGAUACAGCUUUACUCCUAUGAGGACUACGAGAGGGAGGCCGCCACCUUGGACCCAACCGAUCACCUGCCGAUGAACAAGUUCCGAUACCGCAUCUUUGUUGAGAUCAAGGAUGACGAGAUUGCAGACGAGCUCACCCGCAUCGACUGGAUCAUGUUCUCCUCGAUCCGAAUCCGCGACUUUGUUCGGCACGUCAGCCUAGGAGCCAGCCAAAAGGAGAGCUGCAAGAGCCUGAACAAUGUCAAUCGCAUGAUCAACCACUUCAACCACGUCGCCAAGUGGGUCGCCAACAUGAUUCUCCUCCGGGACAAGGCGAAGCAUCGCGCCCUUGUCCUCGAGAAAUUCAUGAACAUUGCCCUCAAGCUUCGACAACUCAACAACUACAACGGCUUGGCCGCCGUCCUGGCAGGAAUCAACGGGACAGCCAUCCACCGUCUUUCUCAGACUAAAGCUCUGGUCUCGCCAGAGACUCACAAGAAGUUUGCCAGAUUGGUCAUCCUGAUGGGGACCCAAAAGAGCCACUUUGCCUACCGACUGGCCUGGGAAAACUCGCCGCUGCCCCGCAUUCCUUUUAUGCCUCUGCACCGCCGUGACCUAGUAUCUGCCGAGGAGGGCAGCAAGACGUUUGUUGGGCCCAACGGCGACCGCAUCAACUGGAAGAAGUUUGAGGUGCUUGGCGAAGUCCUCUUGCCCCUCAUGAAGAGCCAGGGGUCGCCGUAUCCCAACCUCUCCAAGAACGACAAUGUUCGAGAGCUGAUCUUGGGCUGCCAUAUGACGACGGACGAAGAGGAGAUCUACCAGCGAAGUCUCGAAGUGGAGGGCUCGUCGUCAGGUGGCGGAGGCCUGGAGCCAACCAAGAAGAUCUUUCCAUGGCUUAAUUUGCAACGGCAAGGAACAGACGCCAUGCGACUCGCCAGUGUCAAUCUACCGAAACUCCAUCUUGCCAGCCACGAGCAGCGCCUGGACUUUUCACUUGAAGGCUCACUGCAAUUGCGCUUUCCGAACGGGACAAAGCUUCCAAAGACAAGUAGCGACCUGUUGAAGUUGGCGAAGGAGAAGCACCUGUGGAUUGCGCGGACUGGCUCUUGCUAUUUCCAGCUUGAUGUCUCCGUCCAAGGCGAGCCAGUGUCGGAGGAGGAUCAUGUUGCAAAGCUCGUGGAGUGGGUGAGAGACUGUGAAGUUUGGAACCGAGCGGGGAUUACAUUGCAUGAUCAAGAAAGAGGCGUGGGCGAGCCUAUGGGGCGGAUAGCCUUUUCUAUACAGCAUCCGGACUUAUCCUCUGCCUUGGUCACUCGGGGAGAUGCGUUGACGGCGGAGUUUGAGUCUGUGACUUGUCGUGUCAACUUUACUUUGAUACAGGAUGAGCCGUCUAAGAAGAAGAAGCGAUCGCUGAAAAGGAAGAGGGAACGCUGGCCUGAUGAGAGUAUCGAAGGCAACCAGCUGGAUGGUGUGUCAUGUGAUGAUGAUUACCUUGCCUGUUUGAGUCCGGAUGACCAGAGAGCCAUCGAUGAGUUUAUACAGAGUCUACAGAUGGUGCCUCACAAGCCAGGAACGAACAGAUCUACACCAAAGGCCGCUCAGGGUGCUCAGGCCCUUGAAUUCUCAGAUCUAUUCAGACCGCUAUUCGAGGCUGCAUUGGAGGUUCUUGUUCUUGGGUCAGCCAAGAAGCACAAGGGGGUCACUACGGUGGAUUGCAAUCGAGCCGAGUGUUUGACACAACUGGCGCCGGCAGUCUUCAACAUGUCGUAUCUAAAGGUCAUAUCUGAUCGAGCUGCUCUGCUACCCACCAUCGCUACAUCGCUUGCUCGUAUGAACAACGCCGAGUCGCCAAGUCUUCGGCAAAAGGCGGCUUCAUUUGCAGCUCGCGUGGCUGAUCAGAAGUGUGGCCAGUACGACCGUGUCGUACGGGGAAUCGAGAAGAGCGCGUGGCAUGUCUUGCUGUCAACGGUCAAG